AUGGUACAGCAUUACCUCCUGCGUUUUAGGGUGAGCAUCCAUGGAGAGGAGGUGCUUGGGGCUUCUCAGCUGGCAAAGCCCCUCCUCCUGCAGGAUGUCCCAUCCCCUCCUCUGCAGCUCCAACAGGUAUCAGCGGGUGUCCAUUACUGCAGGUUAAAUUUUGCUGGUAUCUUGGCCUGCCAGGGAUUGUAUCAGGAAAACCAUGCUCUUUCCUUCAACUCCUGCCCUUGGCCCAUCGACCUUCCCACGUGCACGGGAUACAGAGUAAUCGGUGUGACUGGCACUAAAGCUGUGGUGGCAGAGUGGGUUGUUGAUCAGAAGAUGCUGUGGCAGAUCCCUGAGGUGUCAUACAGGGAUGCGGCGGCAUUGUCGACCACCUACGGCACAACCUUGCUGGUGAUAGUGGCAGCUGGAAGUGACCCCAAAUAUGAGCUGGGUCUGAAGAGCGGCACAAAUCAUGGCAUGAGCUACAGCCAGAGCAGACAGAGAGAGGAGGUGAAGAUGCUCACAAGAGCAGUCUACAUGGCUGUUGAGGCCAUCAGAGGGGACAUCUUCAAGGCAGCUCUGCAAAGUUUGGCGUGGGAGGGCAGAAUUGUGGGGAUGGGGUUUGUUAGAGGAAAAAUCCUCUCAGUUCACCACCUACUGCUUCUGAAGAACACGUCUGCCACAGGAACAUUGAGUCAGUACGAGGAAGACGAUUUCCCCAUUUUUUCCUCUAUCUCCUCCAUUCCCCAGUAUUGCUGGGAGGGAAAUAUCCAUCCCCAUGUUGGAGCAUGCUUCAGACUGGAAGAGGUAAACGAAGCCUUCAACCACAUGUUCCAGCACAAGUUAGGAAAGCUCAUCAUCUCCAUGAAGUAA